AUGACGGCAGAAAGCAAUGAGCAUUUCAUACUAGUGCAUGGAGGCUGCCAUGGAGCUUGGAGUUGGCACAAACUCUCGACGUUGCUCACGUCAGCUGGUCACCAAGUCACAGCCAUUAAUCUUGCCGCUUGUGGGGUCCACCCGAAGCAAAUCAACGAGAUCGGCUCAUUCCAUGACUAUACUCAACCGUUGAUGGAUUUGAUGACUUCUCUUCCACCCCACAAAAGGGUGAUCCUGGUGGGCCACAACUUCGGUGGUGUUGUCCUUUCUCUAGCUAUGGAGAGAUUUCCAGAAAAGAUCUCGGUGGCCUUUUUCGCUACUGCCAUGAUGCUGAGUCUCGCAUCUCCACCGUCCAUUAUCGUGAAAGAGGAUGAAACGUGCAAGGACGAAUACUUACCCUCGGAGAAGAAACAGAAAGAGCCAAGUCAGGAGCAGAUCUCGGAGUGUCGGAUGAAGAUGAGGCUUGAGUGCACACAUAAUCCUGUAAAUAGAGAGGUCGAGCGUUGGGGCGAGUGGUGCGGCGCAGUGGUGGUGGCGGAGUCGGGGAAAGUGAUGACGGAGAAGGGGAGGUAG